AUGCGUUACACCGUGAUCAACGGCCUUCUUCUUUUGGCCGUCUCCCCUCUGGCCGCCCUCGCCCUCCCGGUUGACCCCAACGACCAGACCGGUCAAUGGGAUCCCAGUGGUCAAUACCGCAAGGGUCACUGGCAGAAUGGCCAGUUCAUUGCGAACAACGGCGACAACCGCUACAACCAGAAUGGCCAAACCAACCAGAACGGUUACGUUGACCGCAACGGCCAGUGGCGUGAGAACAACCAAAACGGCCAGUACAACGAGAAUGGCCGACAGAACCAGAACGGUCAGUGGAACCGUCGAGCCGUCGUAGCCCAGCCUCUCAACCCGGAGACUGUGCGCAACAACGGCGCUACACUGGUCCCCGGCCUCAAGGCUCGUACCUGGCCCAACGACCAAAACAACCAGAAUGGUUGGACCGAUGCCAAUGGAAAGUGGCACCCAAACAACCAGAACGAUCAGAAUGGUUGGACUGAUGCCAAUGGCCAAUGGCAUGCCAACAACCAAAACGGAUGGACUGAUGCCAACGGCCAGUGGCACGCAAACCAGAAGCGCGAAGUGGCUGCCAAGGAUCAAAAUGGUUGGACCGAUGCCAACGGACAAUGGCACCCCAAUAACAACCAGGACCAGAAUGGCUGGACUGACGCAAAUGGUCAAUGGCACGCAAACAACAACCAGAACGGAUGGACCGACGCCAACGGCCAGUGGCACGCAAACAACCAGAAUGGAUGGACUGAUGCCAACGGCCAAUGGCACGCAAACCAGAAGCGCGAAGUUACUUCCAAGGACCAGAACGGCUGGACUGAUGCCAACGGCCAAUGGCACCCCAACAACAACCAGAAUGGCUGGACUGACGCCAACGGCCAAUGGCACCCCAACAACAACCAGAACGGAUGGACUGACGCCAAAGGCCAAUGGCACCCCAACAACAACCAGAAUGGCUGGACUGACGCCAAUGGCCAAUGGCACGCAAACCAGAAGCGUGAGGUAGCCUCCAAGGACCAGAACGGCUGGACUGAUGCCAACGGUCAGUGGCACCCCAACAACCAGAAUGAUCAGAAUGGCUGGACCGACGCCAACGGCCAGUGGCACCCCAACAACCAGAACAACCAGAACGGCUGGACUGACGCCAACGGCCAAUGGCACGCAAAUCAGAAGCGCGAGGUAGCAUCCAAGACAGUCGAGCGCCGCAGCUGGCGCGACGCUGGCCGGGACCAGGACAACCACAAGAACGGCUACAACAACGAUGAGAACAACCGCAACAACUGGAACAACAACCAGAACCAGAAUGACAACAACCGCAACCACGGAAUUGCCCCCAGCUCUAGCGUUAUUCCUCGCAACUGGCCCGCCGACAACAACAACAACGUCAACAACCCCCAGAUUACCCCCAGCUCCCAGAACAACAAGUACCAGAGCUACGGAAACUACAAGAACUACGGCUCUUACCAGAACUACCCGGCCAACCCCCAGGACCAGAACCAGGACAAGAACAUCAAGGCCAACGCUGGUCAGCAGGAGUAA